GCCUUUUUAAAGGUUUGGUGGGCGGUGCAUGUGCAGUAUUUACACUGUGCCGCUCCGCCCUACAGCAGGAGAUAGAAAACUGUCUGUGGGCCGGUGGAGGGAUGAAACAAGUGGAAGGAGAUGUACCAAACGGGCACACAGUAAUAACUCCACCACACGCACUACACCUCGUCGGCUCCACUUCUUUCACCCUAGGACGCUGUAGCAUCCUCCUUUUUGCAUAACAGGACGAGCGGUCAUUUGCGGUGCUGAAUCGGAGCUUCAUGGCCGCGACACUCGCGAUGAGCGGCGGCGGGCAGGAGGAUCCCUUUUACCCGCUGCAGAAGGCGACUCUGCCCGCUGGAUUCGCUCUGGAGGACUCGGCGUUGUUCGGCUUGGACUGCAAGAUCACAGAAACGGACAAGACUGGACAUAAUGACUACACACAGGCAAAGUAUGAGAUGGACAGGUAUCUCUCCCCUCAGUCUCUUCCCCUUCCACCUCAUGCAGACAGCCAGCAGAAGUCCCAGAGAGACAGUGCGUCAGCGCUGGAUCAGUUCUUCACUGAUCACACUGGGUCUCCCUACACCCUCAACAUGAAUCUUUACCUCCCUGACACGGCCUACCUGAGGAUGGGCUUGUGCCAGCAGGUGCGGCCCCCUCAGCACCAGAACCACACAGGUCUCACUCAAAUCAAAACAGAAUCUGCCUCCCCGUGUUUCUCCACCAACAUACAGCUGCACUGCCCCAACACGACGCCCACUAGUCGCUGCAGCACAUCUGGGCAUGGCCCUGGCAACAUUGCCAUGGAAACCUCAGCCAUAAACAUGUUAACAGGGUUACCGGACUUCACCAGUGUUUUCAACCAGCCGGGAGGCAGCCACGGUGACGAUUCAGUUCCACAAGUUUUCAUCAAACAGGAAAUGUCAUCGCAGUUCGAGCAGCAUCCUCUCCACCACCAUGACAACAGUGGCUCGCUGUUUCAGCUAUUAAACUCUGGCUUGGACCAUCACCAUGACAAUGGUAUGGAAGCUCAGCAGCAUCAUCAUCACCAUCAUCAUCAGCAGCAGCAACAGAUACAACACACUUCCACUUCCACAAUCCACACGCCUUUCCAUGAUUUGCCGGUAGCUUCUUCUGCAUCUCAACAAGAGCAGACAGCCAAGCCUGCCUACUGCCGCCUGGGUGGUGGGACAUACACACAUUCUCAUGCUCAGGCACAUCCCCAUUUCCUCCAGCAGCAGGUGCCUUACCUGCCUCCCUCCCCGCCGAGCUCAGAGCCAGGCAGCCCUGACAGGCAGAAGGAGCUGCUCCACACCAUGUCCCCUCCUCCCUCAUAUGCAGCCACCAUCGCCUCCAAGUUGGCAGGUAGCACCCCUGGACUCGGACCUGGCCCGGGACCAGGCAGCUUAGCCCUGCCCCUAACUACAGGUCCCAUGCCGGACCCAGGCCAAGCCGCAGGCCUUCCCCAAGUACCUGCAACAACCCCAGCCCCAGCCCCAGCUCAGACCACCGUGCCUGCCCGCUAUAACCGGAGGAACAACCCAGACUUGGAGAAACGACGGAUCCACCACUGUGAUUACCCAGGUUGCAAGAAAGUCUACACCAAGUCGUCCCAUCUAAAAGCCCACCUCAGGACUCACACAGGUGAGAAGCCGUACAGGUGCACGUGGGACAGCUGCGACUGGCGUUUUGCUCGUUCGGAUGAGCUGACGCGUCAUUUCCGGAAGCACACGGGUGCCAAACCCUUCCAGUGCGCCGUCUGCUCCCGCUCCUUUUCCCGAUCUGACCACCUCGCCUUGCACAUGAAGAGACACCAGAACUAGCAGCGUUUGCACAUGCACACACACACACACACACACACACACACACACACACACACACACACACACACACAGACAUACACUACAAAUACACAAGCACUAUCUUGACACGCAUAAAGCUCUCACUCAAUCUCCCACAACAACGUUACAAGCUGCCUGAUGACACUACAGCUGCUAUCAUGUGCUGAAAUGGUACGACAGCCUAACAAACGUGUUGGUCUUAACCCAGAGUUAGGUGAUUCGGAGGCUGUAAAGUAGAAACAUAAUGGCCAGAUGAAGUUCCUGGUCCCUUAACCUUCAGCUAUACUUGGUAUAGAUUUAUUUAGAUGAAUACAAGGAAAAAAAUAAAACAAAAAGAAAAUGGUAGUUCCAAAUGUUUCCAGUCUAUUUAGACUCUUUUGUGUGACUGGGAUGAAAGCACUUACCACUCAAAACUUGUAAAUUUUUUGUCUCUGUCCUAACAUAGAACUGGCUUUAUAUUGUUGUUGUUUUUUUUUUAUAAAGGGGAAGCUUUGUUUGCAAAACUAGUCAAGCCAAAUCUUUAUUUACUCAUUGGUUUGUUAGUUUGUUUAUAUAACUUGAAUAUCCAGUUUUGAGAUAUAUAUAUAUAUAUAUAUAUAUAUAUAUAUAUAUAUAAUUUUUUUUUUUUUUAACCAAAUCCUUUGGUUUGCACUAGAAAUUGUAAUCUAAGUCUAAGCCUUUUUGGCCCAUGCAUCUCAUUCACCACUGGAACGAUCUUUAUCACUACUGGACUGAAUCUAUGUGAACACCACACAAAUUAUUGCUGUUCAGAUAUUAAAAAUUGAAGGCAUUUAUACUCUGGAGAGGGGGAAGAUAGUGCAGGAAAAAACGAGGGAGGGGUGGAGAUGAAGAGAGAGAGACAGAUUUUUGUUUUUAGAGAGAGGAAAUCUGAGGAUGACUGAGAAACAGAGGAAGGUGGAUGGUUGCUAAAGAGCAGCAAUUAGGUGAUGAAUUAUUCAUGUUGUCUUUUCUAACCAGAGAAAUGUAAGCAGAACCCAUAAACAUAUUAGAAUUCAUUCAGUUAAAACAUAAUUGACGAUUUGAUGCACAAGCUUCAAUUAAGCGUCUUCAAAAUACAAUUAUUGUACAUCUAUCUCAUCCAGCCUUUAUUUUAAAAACAAUCUUUAAAAUGUUUUAACCAAAGUAUCAUCUUCAUCACCAACACCUUAUUAAGUGCCUCCUUCUCUGAUUUAUGUUUUUGUUCAGUGGUAGUAGAGCUAUGAUCAAUGUAGACAGUCCUUUUAAACACACACGGUGCUGUUUUUAUUUCUUAAUCUAUUGAAAUCUCUAGAAAUAAAGGACUUUCUUUUUAAAUUGCAAGGUUUAAUCAAUCAUUCAAUGUGAUUUAACAGCUCGGCUCAGGCCACUUCACAAACUUUUUUUUAUUAAAAUGACAGUCAGUCCUUUCUCUGAGGGUUUUCACUCUGUACACAACUAACUUGCAAUUUGGCUCUAUCAGUCAAUCGAACAUGGACAUACGUUGUGUUAAAGGAUAAGUUCACAUUUUUUCAGGUCUUUCUUAAAACAAAAUGCCCAUAAGUGCAAUUCGAGAGUUAUUGGUUGAUGCAAGUGUUCCUCAAGCGAUCCCUGCUUAAAACAUUUUCAAAAAGACAGUAACUUUUAGUAUUAGCUUAUAGUAACUUUGGUUGAACUCAUUAAGAAGUAGAAGUAGCCACCCAUUGGUUUGUGGAUUACUGUUUUGAAGCCUCGAGUUUGGCAUUUUGGCCAUCACCAUCUUGGUUUGUUGGAGCUAGAAGUGAUCAUAUUUGGAUGAGAGGGUGGAGCCAAGUUAUCAGCUAGUGCUAGCUAGGCAGCUUGGUUAGCUAGGUGCAUCCAUAAUUCAUGUAAGUGUGAUAUUAAUUGGGAUGUUAAUUUAGGCUUAGUGUCUUUUAGUAAUAGUAUUAAUAAUAAUAAUACAUGCAGGGGUUAAAGGCAUUGGCUUCUCUUUUCAGGCCCGGAUGUUAUGUACAUUUCUUUUAUGCAGUCUAUGGUUGAACUUUAGAAUACAUUUUUCCACAGAACAGGGAUUUUGUCCUGCAUCGCUUGCAUUGAAAUCGUUCUUGGAACGGAUCUUGUCACUGUCAGUAUGGACGAGAGGAACAAUCGCAUCCUUUAAAAACUCCUUUAGUAUACAUAUUGACAUGAGAGUAGGCCUACUGUUUUAAGACAGACUUGAAAAAUGUGAUGUACACUUAAAUGUCCAUUUUGAUGGUGUGAUUUAGCUUGUGUCUAUAACUGUAUUUGUUCAUUCACUGCAGGUAGCAUCAAGAUAAUAUAGCACUGUAAUGUAUCAUGGUAAAUCUGACUAUUUAUUUGAUUGUGUAGAAGUGGGGGUUGUAUUAGAUCAACCGUCUUUCUCCCCAGCAAAAAUGCCUUAAUGUAAAUAUAUGCACUGUAAAUAACUGUUGAUUUUUCUUCCUCUUUUGUUAUUAUUUUGUAAACAAAAGGGUAAAAAGAGGAAAAUGCCCUGCAUCCAAAAAUAUUUGAGCCUUUUUUUUCCUUAAGUUUUGUUUUCUUGUCAAAGAUAUUUUGAUGCCAUUGUUUUAUAUAUUGUCCUUCCAACAACUUAUUUUGUAGAUUUGAUUUCUUCCUAGGUAAACGUUCCAAAGACAAAAGUUGUUUUUUCUUCAACUGAGUGAAACCGAUCCUAAUAAAGUCAACUGACACUUUUACAGA